AUGAAUCCUGCUAGUAAUCUGUCAAGUGAUUAUCGACCGUAUAGUGGUGGACGUCCAGCAUGGGCCGUUGCCGCCGAUGGUGCGAGCGACUCAGGUCGCGACCUGGAAGACCAGUACGAGAGCGAUUUAAUGGACAACAGAGCUGACGUAAUACCUGAGCCGGAAAGAACAGGGUGUUGGUACAGCUUCACACGAAUUGUUAGAGGAUUAUGGUCCACUCGGCAGAUGAAAGGCAAGGAGGGGGACAAAGAAUGGUACGUCAGAACAACUCUUCGAGAACUUUUUACUUACAUCAUCUUUUUGGUUCUGCUUUCAAUCAUGACUUUUGGUAUGAUGAAUCCCUCUAUGUAUUACCAAACGAAAGUGAUAAGUGAAUUAUUUUUGGAUUCAUCGUUUGCUGAUGGAUCAGGAUCGAUGAGAGAAGCUACUCAAAUGACUGACUUUUGGAAAUUUGCUAAAGAUGUGUUGGUUGAAAACUUGUACUGGGAAAAUUGGUAUAAUGACCAAGAAACCAACAAUGAUGACCGGAAUAUAUUAUACGAGAAUAGGCUUCUUGGCUCCCCUCGAAUUAGACAACUGAGGGUCCGUAAUGAUUCCUGCAAUGUCCAUUCAGAUUUCAAAAAAGCCAUAACUCAAUGUUAUGAUGUGUAUAAUCCUCAUAUAGAAGAUCAAGAACCUUUUGGAUUAAUGAACGGAUCAGCAUGGGUUUACCACACAGAGAAGGAAAUGAAUGGCUCCAACCACUGGGCACUUCUAGCCACCUAUACAGGAGCCGGCUCUUUUAGGGAUCUUGGAAUAUCGAAAAAACAAGCUCUGGCACGAUUGGAGAUACUUAAGCAGAAUUUGUGGAUUUCAAGAGCAACGCGUGCAGUGAUGAUCGAUUUUACUAUUUACAAUGCUAAUUUAAACUUAUUUUGUGUUGUAAAAUUAUGUUUUGAAUUUCCAGCCACGGGGGGUAUGAUUCCAUCUUGGAGUUUUCGAACUGUGAAACUACUCAGAUAUGUCAAUCCAUAUGAUUAUUUCAUUAUGGCUUGUGAAGUUACAAUAGUUCUUUUCAUUCUUUAUUACAUCGUUGAAGAGUCCCUCGAAAUCAAGAAAAAUGGCUGCUCCUAUUUUUCUGAAGUUUGGAAUAUUCUUGAUCUUAUGGUUAUUUUGGUUUCCUUGGUUUGCAUAGCCUUUUCUGCAUUAAGAACAAUAGUGGUUGAUAAUAUGCUGGAAGAACUCUUGAGUAAACCGGACAUUUUCCCGGAUUUCGAGUUUUUAGGAUUCUGGCAAAUGCAGUAUAAUAAUGCUAUAGCAGUAGAUAUUUUCAUCGCUUGGAUAAAAGUUUUUAAAUACAUCAGUUUCAACAAAACUAUGACUCAGCUCUCCUCCACUUUGUCUAGAUGCUCCAAAGACAUUGGAGGAUUUGCUGUUAUGUUCUUCAUUGUAUUUUUUGCCUUCGCUCAACUUGGUUACCUUUUAUUUGGAAGUAUUGUGAAAGAGUUUAGCACAUUUGGUACAGCUGUAUUUGCGUUACUCCGCCUCAUAUUGGGAGAUUUCGAUUUUGAGGCAUUGGAGAAUGCCAACAGAGUACUGGGACCUAUAUAUUUCCUGAGUUACAUUUUCUUCGUAUUCUUCGUUUUAAUGAAUAUGUUCUUGGCCAUCAUUAACGAUACCUAUGCUGAAGUAAAAUCAGAAAUUGCUAAUUCUAAUAGUGAAUUCGAAAUUGCAGACUUCUUCAAAAAGGGCUACAAUAACAUUCUUGGAAAACUUGGUAAACGGGACAAGAUUCAAGAUAUACAAAAUGCUCUGAAGUUCGCAGACUCUGAUGGUGAUAAGAAACUAACAUAUCAAGAAGUUCGACAACAAUUAAAGGCGAGAAAUCUCUCUGACCUGGAGAUUGAAAUGCUGUUUGCCAAGUAUGAUGUGGAUGGAAACAGAGAACUAGAUGAAAAAGAGACACUACAAAUGUUUGCUGAUUUGGAAGGACAGAAACUACAACUGGAUGAUGAGAUUAACAACCAACAGAGUAUGGUUGCUUCUGAUGUCUCUAGGCCUGUGACUGCCGCUAUGCAGGGACGAGGGGGAUCUGGCGUUCCUGCUGAUGAGUUUAAUGUGCUUACACGUCGUGUGGACAGAAUGGAACAUUCUAUUGGAAGCAUUGUGUCCAAGAUUGAUGCUGUUUUGGUGAAAAUGGAAGGUAUGGAGAAGGCGAAAGUGAAAAGGCGGGAAAACAUGAAUAAGAUUCUGAACUCAAUUUCAGAUAGUGAUAAUUUAGAUGAGAAAGCUAAGAGGCAGCAAAUGGAACAACUUGUGAGAGAAGAGUUGCAACGAUGGGAUUCUGACCAAUCCCUCAACAUGCGCCGAUAAAUUCAACACCAAAUGUCACCACCAAAUUUGUCAGUUAUGCACAGAUGAGUUUCUUUUAACAUCACUUUGCACUGAAUAAAAUGUGAUGAAAUGAAGCGCAAAAAUGGCACAGCAAUGUCACCAAGCACCCUGCCUAAACAUCAAUGGAAUGUUAUAACAGCCACCUCGAUCAAAUACUCCGUCCAUGAAUAUUCUCCAACGUCUAUUUAAAUAUUGUAGACUUGAAUGAAUUAUCUGUUGGGAGACAUUUACUUGAAUAAGCAAAUUUUUUUUUUAACCUUUUCACUAGUUGCUAAUGAGAAUUUUUAUUUUUAAAUAUAUUACACGCAAUUACGACAUAUAACUGAAAUUGAGUAAUCACUGUAAUUUAAAAAUUUAUUUGAUUUUAUCUUUUUAACUAUGUAUUUUGUUAUUAGAAAAGUUUCAUUAAGUACAAAAUGAGAGAUGGUGUAGUCUGUUUACCUGAUGUUCAGUUGUACUAUAUUAGAUCGUGUUCAAUUUGAUCUCAAUAUUACACUUGUGAGACCAUAAAGAACAAUAUGCAUUGUUAAAAAUGUUGUUCAUGGUAAAUUUUGAUGCCAAUUAAGAAAAAUAAAUAAUCAAAUUGAGUUAUACUAUUUCUCACUCUUGAAACUUAAGUUUUUUUUUGAAGAUUCUGUUAUCCUAUUGAAAUUUCGCGAAUAAUAUGAAUUUUAGCCUUUCUCGUUAAAUUUGAUCUGGCUAUUUUAAUCAGAUUAAGGUUUCAAAUGGUGAUGUAUAUUGUUACCAUUGUGAAUCACUUUGGAUUUGAAUGUAAAAUUUAGAGCAUAAGAAAGUAAUUCAAUUUGAAACUUGAGAUUGCUGUUAACUUAGUUUAUAUAAUUGUUCACCUUUGACAACUUAUUUAAAAGUUGUAAAAAUGAAAAAAAAAAUUUAUAUAUGAAUAAUACAUGUUUAAAAAAAACAUGCAGUAAUUUAUUAAAAUUUUUUAAACUGAGUUUUCCUUAAAAUCUUCAUGUCUAUUUUCUGACCAAUUGAUAAGAAAAGUCAUUGAUAAGUUAAAUUAGAAAAACACAUCUGAAAUUCUUAUAUUGUAAUUAUGAUACAACUUAUCAAUGAGUUUUUUUAUUUAGAUUAUUGUAUAUGAGGAGUUUAAAA